AUGGGGCCAGUAAUAGAAUGGCCUCCGUCGCCACCAAUCCAACAAUGGGAGCAAAUUCCCCGAUUCAGUCACGAUUCUAAAUCCUGGAAUGGGAAUGUUAGGUGUCACCCUCGCCUGGUGUCACCUUCACCUGGUGUCACCACCUCCCCUGGUGUCACCCUCCCUGGUGUCACCUCCACCUGGUGUCACCCUCCUGGUGUCACCCUCGCCUGGUAUCCCUCCUGGUGUCACCCCUCGCCUGGUGUCACCCUCCUGGUGUCACCUUCCCUGGUGUCACCCUCGCCCAGGUGUCACCUCCUGGUGCUCCCCUCCCUGGUGUCACCUCGCCUGGUGUCACCCUCCCUGGUGUCACCCUCCCUGGUGUCACCCUCCUGGUGUCACCUCGCCUGGUGUCACCCCCUGGUGUCACCCUCCUGUGAUACCCUCCCUGGUGUCACCCUCCUGGUGUCACCCUCCCGUGUCACCCCCCUGGUGUCACCCUCCCCUGGUAUCCCUCUGGUGUCACCCUCGCCUGGUGUCCUCCCUUGUCCUGCCUUCCUGUUGCCUCCCCUGGUGUCACCCUCCCUGGUGUGCCACUCUGUUAUCACCCCUCGCCUGGUGUCACCCUCCCCUGGUGUCACCCCUCCUGGUGUCACCCUCCUGGUGUCACCCUCGCCUGGUGUCCCCUCGCCUGGUGUCACCCUCGCCUGGUGUACCCCUCCUGAGUGUCACCCUCGCCUGGUGUCACCCUCGCCUGUGUCACCCUCGCCUGGUGUCACCCUCCUGGUGUCACCCUCCCUGGUGUCACCCUCGCCUGGUGUCACCUCGCCUGGUGUCACCCUCGCCUGGUGUCACCCCUCCCUGGUGUCCCUCCCUGUGUCACCCUCCCUUGGUGUCACCUCCUGGUCACCUCGCCUGGUGUCACCCCUCCUGGUGUCACCUUCCCUGGUGUCACCCCUCCCCUGGUGUCACCCUCCCCUGGUGUCACCUCCCCUAGUGUCACCCUCGCCUGGUGCCUCGCCUGGUGUCACCCUCGCCUGGUGUGUCACACCCUCCCGGUGUCACCCUCGCCUGAGCCUGCCUCGCCUGUGUCACCCUCGCCUGGUGUCACCCCUCCCCUGA